CUACACUUCAUCGCCAUUUACCCCUUUAUUCUUCUAUAAACAACAUAUCGCUUGAUAUACACAAAAUUUCCAUCAUGCAGAUCGCCGUCAUCACCACUCUUGUCCUUGCUGCUGCCAGCACCGCCUUCGCUGCCGACAACAACCAACCCGGCCAGCAGCCCGGCCAGCCCGCUCAGCAGCCCGCUCAGCAGCCCGCUCAGAAGCCUGCUCAGCAGCCCGCCCAGUCCCCCAAGGGUAAAGGUGGCGUGAGCAACGCCGCGGCCCCUGCCCCCGCUCCCGAUGCCCGUACCGUCACUGUCACCACAACUGUUAACAAGAGCAGUGCCGGCGCCAACCAGGCCUCCUUUGCCGCCGCCGCCCUUGCUGGCGCCCUCGUCUUUGCCUCUUACAUGUAAAUAAGAGCCAAUAAUAUUUUAAGACCUG